CAUCCCUCGUUCCAACCACCUUUAGACCCGCCCCGCGCCACAACGUCCCGCCUCCGUUGCCCCUAGCGUCUGUUUGUUGACUUCCGGGAGCGCGGUAGUGGUCGAUGCCAAGAGGGUCGCCAUGGGGGCCCCAGGAGCUAGGGCAGUACCUUAGGCCUAAUAGAGUCGCUCCUGCUGUCUUUCCGAAGCAGGCACAGAUUCCCUUCACGGUUUUCGGCAUGGCGGAGCCUGAGUCGCUGGUGCCAGACACAGGCGCUGUGUUUACAUUUGGAAAAACUAAAUUUGCUGAAAAUAUUCCUAGCAAAUUCUGGUUUAAGAAUGACAUACCUAUAUGUCUUUCAUGUGGCGAUGAACAUACUGCUAUUGUUACAGGAAACAAUAAACUUUACAUGUUUGGCAGUAACAACUGGGGUCAGUUAGGAUUAGGAUCAAAGUCAGCUAUCAGCAAACCAACAUGCAUCAAAGCUCUUAAGCCUGAGAAAGUGAAGCUGGCUGCCUGUGGAAGGAACCAUACCCUAGUUUCAACAGAUAGAGGCAGUGUGUACGCAGCUGGAGGAAAUAAUGAAGGACAGUUAGGACUUGGUGACACUGAUGACAGAGACACUUUUCAUCAAAUUUUCUUCUUUACAUCUAAAGAUAACAUCAAACAGCUCUCUGCUGGGGCUAAUACAUCAGCUGCAUUAACUGAGGAUGGAAAACUCUUUAUGUGGGGUGACAAUUCUGAAGGGCAGAUCGGUUUAAAAAAUAAAAGCAAUGUGUGUAUCCCUCAUGAAGUGACUGUUGGGAAGCCAAUCUCAUGGAUCUCUUGUGGAUAUUACCAUUCAGCUUUUGUAACAAUGGAUGGAGAACUGUACACAUUUGGCGAACCCGAGAAUGGGAAGUUGGGCCUUCCCGAUCAGCUGCUGAUCAAUCACAGAUCACCCCAGCGUGUGCUGGGCAUUCCCGAGAAAGUGAUUCAGGUAGCCUGUGGUGGAGGACACACUGUGGUUCUCACAGAGAAAGUCGUGUAUGCCUUUGGACUUGGACAGUUUGGCCAGCUGGGCCUUGGCACUUUUCUUUUUGAAACAUCGGAACCCAAAGUCAUUGAGCAUAUUAAGGAUCAGAAAAUAAGUUAUGUUUCCUGUGGAGAAAAUCAUACUGCUUUGAUGACAGAUAUAGGCCUCAUGUAUACUUUUGGAGAUGGCCGACAUGGAAAAUUAGGACUUGGAAUGGAGAAUUUUACCAAUCAGUUCUUUCCUACAUUGUGCUCUAAUUUUUUGAGAUUUACAGUUCAAUUGAUUGCCUGUGGUGGAUGUCACAUGCUAGUUUUUGCCACCCCACGACUUGGUACAAUAGAGGAAUCUGAAUUUGAAGAAGUCUAUGAGCCUUACCUAAGUACAGGUUCUAUUCCCUUCAGUGAACUUGCCCCAGGAACUCCACUGAGUAGAUCUUUAUCAGCGCGUCUGCGGCGAAGAGAGCGGGAGAGACCCCCAUGUCCUGCUUCAAUGGUGGGAGCACUGCCUCCAUUAGAGGGGACUUCUGCUUCCACUUCAGCGGGUUAUUUUUCCCCCAGUUCAAUCCCUUUCCGUUUGUCUAUGGAUAACUACGAAGAGAAAAGCCCCUCUGACUCUGUGGAGCCACUGGACUCAGAUUAUUUUGAAGAUAAAAUGAACAAAGAGACAGAGACAGAAAAUUCUUCAGUAGUGGAUUCAGAAAACUUUGGUGAAACUACUGAUAUCUUAAAUAUGACACAUGGGAUGAACCUGAGUUCCAAUGAGAAGUCAUUAACAUUUUCACCAAUUCUAAAGCGACAGAAUCAAGACAUGGUUGAGAGUAUGAUGGAAAAUGAAACUUAUACUGAAAUUGAUGAUAGUUAUGAAUAUGAAGAGAUGUCAAAAAUAAAAGAGGGGACAGUAUACAAACAAUAUUUAGCAAAAGGGAUCUUCAUGAUACGACCACGUGAGAUUAUGGGAGCAUUUUCAGAUGAGGAAGUAGAUAAUGACAUAGACUUGGCAGGACUUCAGAUCACCACCGAUGAAACGGGUUCACAAAAAGAGGAACUAGAACAGGAAAGUAUUGAAGAAAUGGUCCCUGAGAAGAACGUGAAAGUGAUUGACAUGGCAUAUGUGACAGAUUUUAGAGAAAGGGAAGAAGACAUUGCAGAGUCAGAUACAUUUUUUGAUGACUUACAAGAUAAAGACAUGACUUCUGAGAGUGAAGAGAAUAAAGAUAUUGCAGAGGAAAGGAAAAUCGGUGAGCAGAAUUUGAUCUUUGACAGUGAAACGGAAGUGUUAGAAGAACCAGACAGUUACAUGGAAUUUGAAAGUUCAAGUCAGCCAGACAGAGCUGAGGAGUUGGAGCAGCUCAAUCCAGUAGAGCCUAGUAGUGAUGAGAAAGAUGACGAUGAAGUGGAAACUGAGCAUUGCUUAUGGUACAGCAGGCAAUGUGCUGAACAAGCAAGUGAGAGUGACCUCAAAGCAACCAGAUUUAAUGCAAAAUAUGAUCUUAUGCAUGACCACUUGUCAGGAAUACCAGAGGAGCAGGAAGGACCAGAAGACACAGAAGGGAUUGCAGUAGUGGAGCAAAUGAUUGAGGUACAAGAGGAAAAUGUGGAAUUCGAAGGAGAAAUAAAGGAGGUGAAAACAGAAACCCUGUCAGAUAUCAGUACAGAAAAAGAGGAUCAGCAAAUUUCAGAAACUGUGAAACCAGAACCAGGAGACAUGUCUGAGCAAAUUAGUGCCCCAGAUGUAGAAAACAUUGUAGAAGAAGAAGGAAAGGAAGAAGAGAAGGAAAGUGUAGAAGGAAGCUUCCCUGAAGAUGGCCUUCCUGAAAUAGAAGGCUCAGAAACUAUUGAUGCCAUCGAUGACAACCCGGAUGAAAUCAUUGAAGAGGAAGACAAUGUCAGCCUACUGAAACGGACUCUUCGUGAGUACAAUGAAAACCCAAAAGGACACAUGUAUGAUCGUAUAAAGAGCAGUUCUUCAGAAAUUCUGGGAGUUAUUGAACCAACAAGUAAAGACAUAAAAAAGUCUAAAAAGAUUUCCUUCUUUAAUCGGAUGUCAUUGACAGGUCAGAAAGUGAUGCAGAAUACUAACGAUCCGCUUCCAGAAAUAAAGCCAAUAGGAGAUCAAAUAACCUUACAAAGUGAUAAGAAAGAUGCCAACCAGAACCACAUGGGUCAAAAUCUUCAGGAUACUGCAACACCAAAUAUGGAGGGAAAGUCCAAAUCCUGUACAAUACUAUAAAUGUAUGUUUAUGUUUCCAUGGUCACCGAGCACAUUUGUUCUUCAUACUUGAAAAAUGUUAUGACUUCUGAAGGAAAUUUCCUGAUAACACUGUUUAAAAAAAGAUAAAAAUUAAUGUUUGGCUUGGUUUAAACAUUAUGAAGUUUUACUAUUUAUUUAUGCUAAUAUUCUUAAUAAGCAGUUUCCAAAAUACUUGUACCUCCAACUCUCCUUGAGGUGUUCAGCCUUAACUGUUCAGUGUUGCAUAAAACAAUAUAUUUUUAUAUUUGAAAGUUGAAUGAAGAUAUUUCAUAGUUUUGCUAACACAGUUAUCAUUCUUUGUAAUUUCCUAAUCCAGUGUUUACGAUCUUACAACACUGAAACAGUUUUGAAUAUACUUACAACAUUUAAAAACAGGCAAAAUUGUGGAUGAACUUAUUUUAAUAAAUUAUAACUGGUUGGGUCUGCUGUUAAAAUGGACAAGGUACUUGACCUUAUCAGUGAUGGACAAAAACAUCUAAUUUUGAAUGUCAAAGGAGGGGGCUGGAGAGAUGAGGCAUUUAAUGUUCUUACACAGGACUUGAGUUUGGUUUCCAGCCCCUAUGUGGGGCUCACAACUGCCUAUAACUCCAGUUCUAGGGGAUCUGAUGCCCCGCUCUGAUCUGUAUAGGCAACAGUCAGUCACAUGGUUUACAGACAUGCAUGUAGGCAAAACAAUCUAAAGAAAAUAAAUCUAAAUGUUUAAUCAAAGGACACAAAAUAUCUUUAAUCCUUAAGAAAGAUGUGGAUCAUCUGUAAAAUUUGAACUGUCACCAGUUGCCACUCUGAGACCCCAAAAUAGUCAGGCUUGCUUGUUUCAGCUGUCUGUACCCAUUUAAUGACAUGCACUGCCUCAUGACCUGAGCAUCAUAAAAUGCGCAGGACAGAUACAUCUACCAAUAUGCUCUGAUUGGAGCUUUGCUUCCUUGCUCACACUGUAUAUUUAAAAAGUGGACCAUACUCACUUCCCCCAUCCUCCCUUGUAAAUGAAACAUGUCAUUCUUUAGCCACAGUGACCAUUGUCCCAUUUAAACAAAGAAAAUUUUUCUUUGUAUUUUUACCUACAGGGUAAAAGCAAAAAAAACAAAAACAAAAACAAAAAACAACAAAAAAACAGUAUUAAUCCAGAGUAGAUACAGUUUUAAUAUCUUAAAAAUAGUUUUCUGAGUGAACUUUACACUUAAUAGAUAUCUUAUUUUAUUAAAGGUAAAUACAGUUUCAAAACUUGGGUUAUUGAAACUACGGUACUAGUACGAUAUUACAGAAGUAUAUUAAACAUAAACUAUAAGGGCUGAGUGGAAGUAAAACUCAAAAAUGCUACUAAACCAUGCUAUUUGUGGGAGGUAGAAUUCUAAGGUGACCCCAAGUUUCGUAUUGGUGUCACAUGCCUGUAAUCCCUUCCCUCUGAGUAUGGGUGAAACCAGUGACUGUGAUAAGAUGUCACUCCCUUGCUUGUGUUACCAGGGUCUCUUAGAAAGAUUUUGCAGAUGUAAUGAAAAUUCACUCACUUGACUUUAAUUUAGACUUCUAAAAGGAGUUCAUCACAGAUGUCCUUGAGAGGACCAACAUAGAAAGAGUCAGAACAAUUCAAAGCAGCAGAGACCCUGCUGUCCUAGCAAAUGCCAACUGCCAUAUUUAUGGAGAACACAUAUCAGGAGUAUGGGAUAGCCUCGAGGAUUUGGGGGCUUGCCAUUCUGCAACAGUUGGGAACUGAAUUCUACCUACAACCAGUGAGCCUACGAGAGGAACACAGUUCUCAGACUUGAUCCUAGCCCUGGCUAGCACACUGACUGCAGCCUUUUGAGAGAGACUCUGAGCAGAAGACCCAGUGGAGCAGUGCCCACACUCCUGACCAUCCAAAGUUGUGAACCAGUAGUGGUACAUGUAGCGAGCUUUCAUCUGCUAAGUUUAUGGUGACUUUCUUUAAAAUUGUUAUAACAUUUACUGUGUGUGUGUGUGUGUGUGUGUGUGUGUGUGUGUGUGUGUGUGUGUGUGUGUAUAAACUUGGAAAGGGCUAAACCAUAGUUACAUACCAAAUUUGGUCAGUCAAUUUGUGAUCUCUUUUUUUAUUUUUUCUUCUGUUCUAAGUGAAGCGCAUUGCUUUUCUAAGAGAAAAUAAGUUUACAAAUAAAUUAUACUGAAAUAAUUAGGCCUUAGUUUUAUCUUGGAUAUAACAAUCACUAAUUUGACAUUAAAUUGAAUCAAGAAGUUAUAAUUUCAUCACUAGCUAGAAAAUUAUGGUUCACCUACAAUAAUUUCAAAUUUUUCAAUGCAUAAAAUACUUUAGGCCAGUCAGGACUAUAUAUAGUGAUACCCUGCCUCCAGAGCAAACAAAAGAAAGCAAAUAUAGACGAUACACCCAUAAAAUCUCACCAAUGUGAUUAUACAAAUGUGACCUGAACAAAGAUGACAUCAAUGAGCAUGCCAAACUGCACAGGGGAAAAAUGCCCCUGAGGCCUCAACUCUACACAAAGAACUAUAGGCAAAUGAGGAAAGCUGGGAGCAGAAGAAUUGGCCCUCCCCAAGGAAGGGCAGCACAUCAAUUGGUUCAUCAGUGAGUGCCAAGUGACCUGCCCUGAAAGCAUACAUACAAGUAACGUUCUAGUAACUUCACUCACAAUCCCCAGACCCAGAAAGAACUGUGAGUGGAAAGUAAAAUGUAGCAGGUUUGUAGAACAGAGUACUUCACUGUAAAAAGACAUCCACUCUUGAUAUAAGCACUCACCCACUCAAGUGAAUAUGAAAAGUAUGCUGGCCUUAAAAAAACUUUCUCCACAGCUUACCUGCUAUAUGAUUCUGUUUCUGUGACAUUAUCCCAAAUGCAAAAUUGUAAUAAUGGGAAAUGAAUCCACGAUCAAAGGGGACUAAGGAUGUGACUUCAAAGAGCACUGGACAGUAUUUUGGUGAAACUGGUCCCUAUUCUGACCUGUCUGGUUACUGUAUGAAACUAAAAUGUGUGCAGUUUGUGAAACUAUAAAGCUAAACUGGUACAAAUGUUGAUUUGAAAAUCCAUAAAACAAAUAAACCUUAAAUAACUCAGUUCAAUAAAUUAAAUAAAAUGGAUUCAAAGCAAUGAGGUAAGAGUCAUAAAACUCAAGGAAGUGAUAAACAUCUAUGCCUUGCUUGAUUCUAAUUCAAUAGACAAAGUCAUUUAGAAAAUAUGUUCAUUGCAUUAGCUUCAUAUAAUGCAGCAAUGUGACUAGAGAAUCAUCAUGAGCUUCCAGAAUGUUGUAUCUCACAAGCUGACUCUUACUAAUAAUUAACAAAAUGUCCAUGUUACUGUCCAUGAAAAAGCAAUUGCUACAUUAAUGUAUGCUUAAAUACCAUAACAAAGUAUUUCCAAAUCUGAGUUGUUUAGCAUUGUAAAAUUUGAAAUGUGGGAUAUCAUAAUUCACCAAAGGUUUAAGAGCAUGGCCUUGUCAUUCAGGAACCUGGACUCUGACCAUCCAGUAACUUUGGCAUUUUCAAUGGGCUUAAUCUACAGCAUGUGUGCUUUUGUCCACAUUCCAUGGAAAUCUGCUCAACAUUCUGCAUGGAAAAAUCUGAAAACUUAGGCUCAUUUGUAAGUUCAGGAAGACAAGAAAAUUGUCAUCAAUAUUCUUACUCUAUGUGCCAAUGAAAAGUAAAUCUAUGUGCUUUCACAAUAAGCUUAAUAAAGUCGUACAAAAUUCUCACUUUA